CUGGCAAAUUCCAUUUCCGUCAACAAAACCAUGCCUCAUCUCACGAAAGAUGAAGAGGUUAAAGAAUCAGAGCAGCAGCCUAAUGAGUAUCAUCAGUUUGUAGAAUCUCAUGGAACUCAACUAAUUGCUUCCGGAGUUCCAGAUUACUAUUGGCCGAAACUAUUCGAAAAGCUGAGCAAAGAGACAUUUGAUGCAGGAGAAUACUUCAAAAUCCUAUGUGUACAAACUGAAGAUGGAAAUAAGUGGAAAGUGGUAACAAUCAAAUCAUUAGAGAGCAAACAUCCAAACAGUAUUUUCUUGGUGGAUCAUGCCUGGACAUACAGAGUCUCAGACUGCCGACCACAGCUGGAGCAGAUCCCUGGUUUGCUGGAAAGAAUGGCGGCUCUCAUGGACAUCCAAUCAGAAGAGAGGACAAAGGAAGAGGUCAUUGAAGACAUCCUGCAGCAAAUGUGGAAGUUUAACCAGACUUACAGUAUAGGAAAUGCUGAAUUUGGUUCGGAUGAGUCAAUGCCAAUAUGGUACAUAAUGGAUGAGUUUGGCUCACGAGUUCAGCACUCAGACUCACCAACAGUGAAGAUGUGUCCAUUUUAUUUUGCACCUCUUCAGAUCUCCUUCACACUUAUGUGGCCUCUAAAAGACCUUGAAGAGAAUGAGGAGGUAACCAGAGAUUACACACCAAAUGUACAGAACCCUGAAGCAAGGAAAGCCAGACUGAUUCCUUGGGUGUCCGCAGAUUUGACAGCAGUUGACUACUCUCAGAAAGAACCUGACAUUUCAUUUUUCCAGUCAUUUAUCAAAUUGGAAAGCAUGCCGGACCCUAAUCAUAAGUUUUCUGGACUCCCAAGAGACAGGAAUCCCAAAGUUUACCUGAAAUAUAUGAACUUCCACCAGUUUCUGACAGAUAAAAGAUUUGAUAUUGUGGAAACUAAAGAAGAGGCUGAUAUUAUAUUUAUCCAAAAACACUUCAAAGAAUAUGACAAAUACCCUGACAAGUGUGUGAAUCAGUUUCCGUUUGAGAGAGUAAUCACGGUGAAGGACCUGCUGGCCGUGGUCUGUCGUCGUGCCGGGGAUGGCAAGGAAGACCCAGACACACUGGAGAGGAAUCCAAAAUGGCUGCCGGUCACCUACAACCUGGAAACUGAAAUUACACAAUUUGUGUCUUACUUUCAACACAGAGAGAAAAAAGCUCUCAACAACCACUGGAUAUGCAAGCCAUGGAAUUUAGCCAGAGGUCUGGACAUGCACAUCACAGACAACCUGAUCUACAUCCUCAGACUGCCAGACAGUGGGCCAAAAAUCGCCUGUAAAUACGUGCACGAUCCUGUCCUGUUUAUGAGGGAGGACAUUGGCAACGUUAAAUUUGAUGUGCGCUAUAUUGUCCUCCUCUCAAGCGUGGCUCCUCUAAAGCUGUAUGUUUAUAGGGUGUUUUGGCUCAGGUUUGCUAACAGGCCUUUCUCAUUAGAUCACUUUGAUGAGUACGAGAAACAUUUUACUGUGAUGAAUUAUGUAGAAGAUGGACAGAAGCUAAAUCAGGUGAACUAUGAUGACUUUAUACCUAUGUUUGAAUCACAAUACCCUGCAUACAAAUGGGCUGAUGUUGAAGAGGACAUAUUCCAGAUGUUUAGGGAGGUAUUCCAGACAGCUACAGCUCUGCCCAGCCCUCAAGGAAUUACCCCUUGUCCUCAAUCCCGAGCCAUGUAUGCCAUCGAUUUACUGCUGGAGUGGAGGAAAAACUCUAAAGGGGAAAGAACCAUUCAGCCAGUGAUUUGUGAAGUAAAUUUUUGUCCGGACUGUGACCGAGCAUGUAAAUAUCACCCGAACUUUGUGAAUGACAUCUUCAGCACUCUGUUUAUGGAUGACAUUGAGGGGAGACCUGUCACAAAGCUAUAAUUUACAAAUAGUGAUGACUUGUAAAACUGAUCACAAUGUGAUUGAUAUGCAUAUAGUACCUAACUAGGUACAUAUGUACAGGUAUCUCUGUUUUUAAUAGAAAGAAUUAAAGAAGUUGACCUUA